GCACUUUGUACAUCUAGUUCACUGAUGCUCCAUUAAUCAUAAUUAAGUAUAACUGCCACUGUGCGAAAUAAUUAUUGUUAUUGUACAGUUUAAUGUAACUUUGAAGUGCCCCAUUGUCAGCCAAUUCCAAUUCCCAUUAGACCAACCAAACCAAGUGAACCUGGUUAUUGGUUCAUCACUCAGUUGUCCAAACAGUCAACCCGUGCGCGAAAAUAACGGGAAUACAAUGAUUUUGCGCUCAUGGGAUCGGGUUCGGCCGCGAUGCUUAGCUGAUUUGUCGUGCCUACUACUUCUGGUGGUGUUUGUUCCGGUUACAUACGUCUUUCAGAUGACUCUUGUGCUGCCCGAGUUGUUUGGAGUCGGGGGCUUCUGGUACACGGUGAUUUGGGUGGCCGCUCAGUUUCUGGUAUUUAACAUCACCGCGAAUAUGCUCGCCUGCAUGCUGGUGGACACCACUAUCAGAAUGGAGCUUCUGAAGCCGCCGCUGGAUCCCGAUUUGCGAGCCCGUUGGCAUAUGUGCAACGAGUGCCAGGCUCUGGUGCCACCCCGGUCAUGGCACUGUGAAGUAUGCAGCGUGUGUGUGUUAAAGCGGGACCAUCAUUGCCGCUUUACUUGCUGUUGCAUUGGACAUCACAAUUAUCGUUAUUUCGUCUACUUUCUACUGUAUCUGAUGAUUGGGUCCUUCGUUGCGAGCAUCCUGGGCGGCAUCUAUCUGUGGAAUGUGCACUUCGACUUCUAUUGGCGACCAUUCACCCUGAUCACCGUGUUUGUCCCUGCUUUGAGCCUUGCUCUGAGCCCCUGCUGGGAAAGCUUUUAUUUGCUUACAUACGUACUAACUUGGCUGGCCUUUGCGAUAUCCAGCCUGCUACUCGUCUACCACUGGCCAAUAUUUCAGUUGGGCUCGGUGGCAAAGGAGCGCCGCAGCGGCAAUUACGACCGUGGGCUGCGGGCCAACAUGGAAAUGAUUUUCGGCAAGCGGAUGUACUUGACGUGGUUAUCUCCGUUUGUGCGCAGCGAGUUGCCCCACGAUGGCAUCAACUGGGAGCCCGUGCCCACGCAUCUAACGAAAGAGGAUUAACACUAGUCAACCACCUCACCAGUCAGCACUCGAAUAAUUGGAUCUCAAUCAACUCAAUAUUAUAGUAUUAAUUUAGCACAUACCAAAGCAUUUAUUUAACAAUCGUGUUUGCAUCAAUUACAUACGAAUUCUUAC